CCUGCAUAUAGCAUAGCAUAGCAUAGCACAUCACAACAGUGGUGUUGUAGAGGAAGGUCGAUAGGAGGACAAAACAGAGGAGUUUCUCAUUGGACACUGUAUGACCGCACCUUAUAGUAUAGACAAAAAUAUACGACAGAGGAUACAUUGUGCAUUGGUUGAAAGACCAUUGCCCUUGUUUUUGAGUCGGACGCUAGGUUUAGAUCGUUAGCCUGUCAUUUAAUUUGCUAGCUAGCUCCCAACGUCAACGUUAGCUAGCUGUCAUGGCACUGCUGAGAGCCUCUUACCACCGAAUCCUGGAUAGGAUCGAGCAUAUGUUACCGGCUAAACUGAGACCCCUGUACAACCACCCGGCAGGUCCAAAGACAGUAUUCUUCUGGGCCCCAAUGUUCAAGUGGGGCCUGGUCGCCGCUGGGUUUGCUGAUAUGAGACGACCUGCAGAUAAACUAAGCGCCUCCCAAUCUGCAGUGUUGACAGCCACAGGGCUUAUUUGGUCCAGGUACUCCUUGGUCAUUAUACCCAAAAACUGGAACCUGUUUGCGGUUAACUUCUUUGUUGGCGGUUGCGGAAGCUCCCAGCUGUACAGAAUAUGGAAGUACAAACAAGAACAAAAAGCCAAGGCUGUUGAAGCUUGAAGUCAAAACACCUCACCAAUCUGGUCCCUUGGAUUGAAAGGGAGCCAAGCACCUCUCCUUUAAGGCACUCAUCAUACACAUCAAAUAUCCACCCAGUACUUCAUUCCUCAGGCAACUCCCUUCUACAAAGAAGGGACAAAAAAAGAGCCCAUCUGUAAAUGUUCCACUUUCUUUUCCUUAGCACCAGAAAUCAUGUUCUCCCAAUUGCCAUUAGAAGUGUAGAGGCCAAAUGGCAUACUCCUUAACUUCAAUGCACACCUGGAAAAAUGAAUUGUCCUUGACGCACAACAUUUUGACACUUUUUAAAAGCGGUAACUUCAUACAUUGACUUAUUUUAUGACUGUAUAUGAAAUUAAUUUAACAUGUUAUCAUGUACUUGAGGAACGUGUUAGGUUCCAGAUUAUCUGUUUGCAUUGCAUUCAAACAUGUCAUAGUACAGAGAUUCAUGUGAAUCUUGAAGAUGGGAGAGAUGCGGGAUGCUGUUUUAAGGAAUGUCUCCAAAAUAAAUUUUAGAAUGGUGUCUCGGUCAUCCAUGGACUUAAGGGAGUUUCCCAUGAUUUGUUUGAGCUGUUGUAAUGUUAUGGUAUAGUGAUGGUCGAGCAAUUCCUCAGAAGCUCAAGGCUUUAUAGCCGCUGAAUGCUAUUUCAAGGAAUGUCUCCAAAUAAAUUUCAGAAGUGUC